UGCUAUUUCUUACUAGUUCGUACUCGUAGUGACGGCGGCAUCAAUUUCUGAAUUAAUUACCAUUUGUCGCAAAAACUGCGCGUCCUUUACCUUUUCUAGACUCGAAAAUCUCUCAUUUGUGUUUGGGUUGUGAUAAAUUGUAAUCUAAAUGGCAUCAGAUGAUGAAGUAGACGGAUCUUUUGCAGGCGACGAGGACGUGGAGGAAGGUGAGGGUCAGAAUGAUAACUCAGGGGAGAGUGAUGAAGCGCCACCAAAGGAGGAUGACGACUAUUCUCCAGAAGAUGGCAGAAAGAAAAAGAAAGGAAAGAAAAGAAAAGCUAGAGGUGAAGAGAAAAAGGGCAGAAAGAAAAAGAAGAAGCGAAAGAAUGAGAGUGAAGAAGAGGAGGAGUUUGGUCUGGAAGUGGAGGCCGAGGGCGACAGCGACUACGCACUGAGCGCGGUCUCGUCCAGCAAGAAGUCGCGCAAAGGCCGCGGCAGCAAACACAACACUUCCUCCUCUGUACCCUCCGACUCUGGAUCUGGUAUGCCCACAGUUGAAGAGGUGUGCACCUCUUUUGGGCUAACCGACGUUGAUAUCCAGUAUUCAGACUCAGAUCUGGAGAACUUGACCAGUUACAAGUUGUUCCAACAGCAUGUACGCCCACUGCUUGUCAAAGAAAAUCCUAAGGUACCAGUGUCAAAGCUCAUGAUGUUAGUGGCAGCCAAGUGGCGGCUAUUCUGUGAGACCAAUCCCCAUUUGGAAGGAGGCAGCAGUACACAGAACCUGGGCUCAGAGGAAAACACUAACACAUCUACAACAUCAGACUAUACGCCGAAACGGCCUGGACGCACUCCUAAAGAGACAAAGGUUGACGACUCGGUAGACGAGCCGGAGGAAGAAGACGAUGAAGGUGUAAGCGACGAGGGCACGCCCGCGCCCCGGAAGCGCGGCCGCAAGCCCAAGCACGCGGGCAGCGGGCCGCGCGGCAAGCCCGGCCGCAAGCCCAAGGUGCCCACGCUCAAGAUCAAGUUCAGCAAGCGCAAACGCACCAGUAGUGAGGAAGAGCAAGAGGGCAGCGGAGGAGCGAACUCGGACUCAGAUGCGGAGUUUGAGCAGAUGCUGGCCGAGGCGGAGGAGCCCAAGCCCACCGCCAGCGCCGCGGAGGAGACCGCCGCGCCAAAGGAGGAGGACCCUAAUGCACCUCCGCAGCCAAAGAAGAAGGCUAAGACCAAAAUCGGCAACAAGACUAAGAAGAAGAAGAAAAUGAAGACCACCAACAAAUUCCCUGACGGCGCAGAGGGCGAGCAGGAGCAUCAGGACUAUUGUGAGGUGUGUCAACAAGGAGGCGAGAUCAUACUCUGCGACACAUGCCCUCGGGCUUACCACUUGGUGUGCCUGGAGCCAGAGCUGGAGGAGACCCCCGAGGGGCGCUGGUCGUGCCCCCACUGCGAGGCCGAGGGCAACCAGGACCAGGAUGACGAUGAUGAGCACCAGGAGUUCUGUAGGAUUUGCAAAGAUGGUGGUGAGUUGCUGUGUUGUGACUCUUGUCCAUCAGCGUACCAUCGGUUUUGUCUCAACCCACCCUUGGAGGAAGUGCCCGAUGGGGAAUGGAAAUGUCCUAGAUGUAGUUGUCCACCUCUGGAAGGCAAAGUGGCAAAGUUAUUGACGUGGCGAUGGAUAGAGCCUUCAGCUAAGUCGAAAGCGCCGCGCUCCAGGGAGUUCUUUGUCAAGUGGCACGAUCGUUCGUACUGGCACUGCAGUUGGAUCGCAGAGAUACAGUUGGACGUGUUCCACCCGCUGAUGUACCGCUACUACAUGCGCAAAUACGACACCGAGGAGCCGCCCAAGCUGGAGGAGCCUCUCGAAGAGCGCGAGGGCCUCAAGCGCCUCAAGAGCCGUCAGGGCCAGGAGCAGCAGGACACCGACGAGAAGAUGCUGGAAGAGAAGUUCUACAGGUAUGGUGUAAAGCCAGAGUGGUUGCUGGUGCACCGGGUGAUCAACCACCGCACGUCUCGCGACGGCACCACGUACUACCUGGUGAAGUGGCGCGACCUGUCCUACGACCAGGCCACGUGGGAGUCCGAGCACGCGGACAUCGCCGGCCUCAAGAACGCCAUUGAAUAUUACCAGGACAUGCGUGCCCACAUCACGUCAGAAGGGAAAACGAAGGGCAGCAAAGGCAAGAAAGCCGGCCGCAAGAGCAAGAACAAGGAUAAUGUCGACGACGACGAGAACAGCAGCGGUUUCAAGCCGAGAAGAUACAACCCGCCGCCCGACCGCCCCAUCACCAACCUCAACAAGAAGUACGAAGACCAACCGGCUUUCGUUUACGAGACCGGUAUGCAACUGCAUCCGUAUCAGUUGGAAGGUCUCAACUGGUUGCGUUACUCGUGGGGCAACGGCAUCGACACCAUCCUCGCCGACGAGAUGGGUCUCGGCAAAACUAUCCAAACCGUCACAUUCCUCUAUUCGCUAUUCAAAGAAGGACAUUGCAAGGGCCCCUUCCUAGUUUCAGUGCCUCUCUCGACGAUCAUCAAUUGGGAGAGAGAAUUCGAACUGUGGGCUCCGGACUUGUACUGCAUCACUUACGUGGGGGACAAGGAUUCUAGGGCCGUCAUUCGCGAAAACGAGCUCACGUUCGACGACAACGCGAACAGAGGCGGAAGGCCGUCGAAGAUUAAAUCCCAAGUCAAGUUCAAUGUGCUGCUGACGUCGUACGAACUCGUCUCUAUCGACGCUACGUGUCUCGGCUCCAUCGACUGGGCCGUGCUCGUGGUCGACGAGGCCCACAGGUUAAAGAGCAACCAGUCCAAGUUCUUCAGGCUUCUCGCCGGGUAUCACAUCAAUUACAAGUUACUACUCACUGGAACUCCUUUGCAAAAUAAUCUUGAGGAGUUGUUCCAUCUUUUGAACUUCUUGAACAAAGACAAGUUCUGCGACCUCGCCGCUUUCCAGAACGAGUUCGCGGACGUGUCGAAGGAGGAGCAAGUGAAGAGGCUGCACGAGAUGCUGGGCCCGCACAUGCUGCGGCGGCUGAAGGCGGACGUGCUGAAGAACAUGCCCACCAAGUCGGAGUUCAUCGUGCGGGUCGAACUGUCCCCGAUGCAGAAGAAAUACUACAAGUAUAUUUUAACUAGAAAUUUUGAGGCUUUGAACCCGAAGAGCGGCGGCCAGACAGUAUCUUUACUCAACGUCAUGAUGGACCUGAAGAAAUGUUGUAACCAUCCUUAUCUGUUCCCCGUGGCGGCGGAGGAGGCCCCGCUCGGGCCUCACGGGAACUACGACACGCAGGCGUUGGUUAAAGCGUCUGGCAAACUCGUGCUCAUGUCCAAGAUGUUGAGAAAGUUAAAAGAACAAGGACACAGGGUUCUCAUCUUCUCCCAAAUGACAAAGAUGUUAGACAUUCUCGAAGAUUUCUUGGAGGGCGAGGGCUACAAGUAUGAGAGAAUCGACGGUGGCAUCACUGGAACGAUUCGACAGGAGGCCAUCGAUAGGUUCAAUGCACCCGGCGCUCAACAGUUCGUCUUCCUUCUAUCGACGAGAGCCGGUGGUUUGGGUAUCAAUUUAGCCACCGCUGAUACUGUCAUAAUCUAUGACUCCGAUUGGAAUCCCCACAAUGAUAUACAGGCAUUUUCGCGAGCCCAUCGUAUCGGUCAGGCGAAUAAGGUUAUGAUCUAUCGUUUCGUAACUCGAAACAGUGUUGAAGAGAGGGUCACACAAGUAGCUAAAAGGAAAAUGAUGUUGACUCACUUGGUCGUGCGUCCCGGUAUGGGCGGCAAAGGUGCUAACUUCACGAAGCAAGAGUUGGACGAUAUUCUUAGAUUCGGUACCGAGGAGUUGUUUAAAGAAGAGGAGGGCAAAGAGGAAGCUAUUCACUACGACGACAAAGCUGUUGGAGAUCUGCUCGAUCGUUCGAAGGAAGGUAUCGAACAGAAGGAAUCUUGGGCCAACGAGUACCUCAGUUCCUUCAAAGUCGCCAACUAUUCAACCAAAGAAGGAGAAACUGAGGAGGAAGUUGACACUGAAAUUAUUAAACAAGAAGCAGAAAACACUGAUCCCGCUUACUGGAUCAAGCUGCUUAGACAUCAUUAUGAACAGCAUCAAGAAGAUCAGGCCAGAACUCUAGGGAAAGGCAAAAGAGUUCGUAAACAGGUCAACUAUAAUGACGGCAGUGUUGCUCAAACUGAAAAUAGGGAAGAUUCUACUUGGCAAGAGAAUGGAUCAGAUUUUAACUCUGAUUUCUCUCAGGGAAGCGAAGAUGAUAAGGAGGAUGACGAUUUCGAUGAGAAGAAUGAUAAUGGUGAUCUCCUCAGCCGUCGGAGCAAGAGACGUCUCGAAAGACGAGAGGAAAGGGAUAGGCCUCUGCCGCCCUUGCUCGCACGCGUGGGAGGCAAUAUGGAGGUCCUCGGAUUCAAUGCUCGACAAAGAAAAUCAUUCCUUAACGCGAUCAUGCGGUACGGCAUGCCACCGCAGGACGCGUUCAACUCACAAUGGCUAGUGAGAGAUCUCAGAGGGAAAUCGGAACGUAAUUUCAAAGCUUACGUUUCUCUAUUCAUGCGCCACUUGUGUGAGCCCGGUGCAGAUAACGCCGAAACCUUCGCUGACGGUGUACCGAGAGAGGGUUUAUCGAGACAACACGUGCUGACGAGAAUCGGCGUGAUGAGUCUCAUAAGGAAGAAGGUGCAAGAGUUCGAGCACAUCAACGGGUAUUACAGUAUGCCUGAGUUAAUUCGCAAACCAGUGGAACCAGUGAAAAUCGCAGGCGGGGAAAGCGCCGCACCGAGCCCUGCUCCUUCGUCCGCCACGCCGAUAACGUCGGCGGCGCCGUCACCCGCGCCCACACAAACCACACAAGCGUCGGGCCAAGCGCCGACCCCCGGCGGUUCAGAAAAAGAUGAUAAGGAAGAAGUGAAAGAAGACAAACCCGAAUCCAAAGACAACAUAGUUAAAGACGAACCGAUGGACACGGGUGAGGUUAAGGAAGAAAAAGAUAAAACAGAUGACAAAGACUUGACAAAAGAUAUUGUUAAAGAAGAUUUAAAAGAGGAGCGGCGAAUGUCGGUCGAUGAGGAACCGCCUAAGGAUGACGAGAAAUUAGAGGAAAAGAAGACUGAGGAUAAGGAAGUAGAGGAAAAGAAAGUUAAGGAAGAAAAAGAAGAGGUUGAUAAAAAGGAGGACGCUAAGAGUGACAAGACGGAAUCGGAGGGCUCCGAUAAGACUAAAGACGAUAAAAAGGACGAUGACGAUGAUGAUGUCGUACUUGUUAAGGAAGAGGAGGACUUGAAGGUGGAGCGCCGCAAGUUUAUGUUCAACAUCGCCGAUGGCGGGUUCACGGAACUGCACACACUGUGGUUGAACGAGGAAAGGGCAGCGGCGCCGGGGAGGGAGUACGAGAUCUGGCACAGGCGGCAUGACUACUGGCUGCUGGCCGGGAUAGUGACGCACGGCUACGGGCGCUGGCAGGACAUCCAGAACGACCUGCGCUUUGCGAUCAUCAACGAGCCCUUCAAGAUGGACGUCGGAAAAGGCAACUUCCUUGAGAUCAAGAACAAGUUUUUGGCGCGGCGAUUUAAGUUGCUUGAACAAGCGUUAGUGAUCGAGGAGCAGCUGCGACGCGCGGCCUACUUGAACCUCACGCAGGACCCGAACCACCCCGCGAUGUCGCUCAACGCGCGCUUCGCCGAGGUGGAAUGUCUCGCCGAGUCGCACCAGCACCUCAGCAAGGAGUCCCUCGCCGGCAACAAGCCCGCUAACGCUGUUCUGCAUAAGGUGCUGAACCAGCUGGAAGAGCUUCUGUCGGACAUGAAGUCGGACGUGUCGCGGCUACCGGCCACGCUGGCGCGCAUUCCGCCCGUCGCACAGCGCCUGCAGAUGUCGGAGCGGUCCAUCCUGUCGCGCCUCGCCGCCACCGCCGGCAACCCCGUGCCUGCAGCUCAAAUGGCGCAGUUCCCGCCCGGGUUCGGCGCGGGUGGCGCUCUGCCCGGCUUCGCGCCCGCCGCCGCGGCCGCCGCCACCUUCACCAACUUCCGCCCGCAGUACUCCGUGCCCGGACAGCCCGCCACGCCCACCAACAACAUCCUCAGUCCUACAUCGAAAAAAUCAGAGAUGCCUUCAGACGGUGAUAAAACUAAAAGACAAGAUGAUGAAGAACAUGAACAAAACAGACAAGUACCAAAUGAAAUUAGGUGUCAGAAAAAAUUAAAGAUGUCUUCAGACGAUCAUAAAAGCAAAAAAGAAGAAGGCGAUGAAGGAAUAGAACAAAAAAGAAAAGUUCAAGAUAAAAUUAGGUGUCUGCGAAAAUUAAAGAUAUCUUCAGACGGUCGUAAAAAGAAAAGAAAAGAAGGUGAUGAAGGAUAUGAACAAAAAAGGAAAGUACAAAAUAAAAUAAGGUGUCGGCGAUACAGACAUAAGAAAAAAACUGAUGCAAUCGUCAAUUCACAGAAUAAACCACUAAUAAUAACAGUUGAAGAGGAGGAAAAAAUUAAAUGUCGUAGAGAGAAAGACAAACAAAAAAGUCAGCGUUAUAGAGAUAAGAAAAGAGCCACUCAAUUAAUUAACCAACAGAAUCCUCUACAACAGCUGUAAAACCGUUCUUAACGUCAAAAUUUCCAUAAUUUACAAAUUGCAGACUCAUCAACCAGAGAUGUUCCAUAUGUGCCACUAACUCAUACUGAUUACACGAAUACAUUCCAAAAUCAUAUUUAGAUUAUUACGAAUUUCAAAAGGUACCACUCACUAAAGAACACAUAUAAAUCCGAAAAUUACGUACAAAGCGUAUUGAAUUGACUUUAGGAAUCCCAAAUUCAGCAUAUUA